GUCGGCCGUACUGCAGGAGGGACGUACAACCACCGCGACUUUUGACGCGCACCGUGCUUGCUUCAUCCAUUCACCAAUAAAGUAAAGUUUUUUAACCUCUUUAAACAAAAAACGUUAACUUAUAUUUGAUACGAUGGUUUCUGUAAAACGAGAAAGAGAGGCUGCAGUGGACGACGACGACGAUGAUAGAGUUGCACCAAAAAUAAGCAGAGGACGUGUAAUAGAAGACAGGAGAAGUCGCCACUGUCCUUACCUUGACACUAUAAACAGGAGUGUGCUGGACUUUGACUUUGAGAAACUCUGCUCCAUCUCCCUCUCUCACAUUAAUGUCUACGCCUGCCUUAUAUGUGGAAAGUACUUUCAAGGUAGGGGUCUUAAGUCUCACGCCUACACCCACAGUGUGCAGUUUACUCAUCAUGUGUUCCUGAAUCUGCACACACUCAAGUUUUACUGUCUGCCCGACAACUACGAGAUCAUUGACUCUUCACUGGAGGACAUCACGUACGUGCUGAAGCCAACUUUUACCAAGCAGCACAUCGCAGGUCUGGAUAAGCAGGGGAAGCUGUACCGGGCGUACGAUGGAACGACCUACCUGCCGGGCAUCGUAGGACUCAACAACAUCAAAGCCAAUGACUACGCCAACGUGGUGUUACAGGCUUUUUCCAACGUUCCACCUUUGAGAAACUACUUCCUGGAGGAGGAAAACUACAAGGGAAUCCGCAGACCUCCAGGGGACAUCAUGUUCCUCUUGGUGCAGAGGUUUGGUGAGCUGAUGCGGAAACUUUGGAACCCGAGAAACUUUAAGGCUCACGUUUCUCCACAUGAGAUGCUGCAGGCUGUGGUGCUGUGCAGCAAGAAGAACUUCCAGAUUACCAAACAGGGAGAUGCUGUAGACUUCAUGACAUGGUUCUUGAACGCUCUGCAUGGUGCUUUAGGAGGAACAAAGAAAAAGCCUUCAAUCAUUACAAAAGCCUUUCAAGGCUCCAUGAGAAUCUUCUCCAAGAAACUUCCGCAUCCUGAUUUACCACCAGAAGAGAAGGAGGCAUUGCUGGUGACAGAGGAGUACCAGGAGCAGAUGUCCGAGUCCACCUUUCUUUUCCUGACUCUCGACCUGCCAACAGCUCCGCUUUACAAAGACGAGAAGGAGCAGCUGAUUAUCCCACAGGUCCCUCUCUUCAACAUCCUGGGCAAGUUCAACGGCAGCACAGAGAAGGAAUACAAAACCUACAAAGAGAAUUUCCUGAAAAGGUUUCAGCUGACCAAACUUCCUCCGUACCUCAUCUUUUGCAUCAAAAGGUUCACCAAGAAUAACUUCUUUGUGGAAAAGAACCCCACAAUUGUUAACUUCCCCAUCACGAAUGUAGACCUCCGUGAGUACCUGACAGAAGAAGCUCAAGUUACUGAGAAGAACACCACUUAUGACCUCGUCGCCAAUGUAGUGCAUGAUGGGAAACCCACAGAGGGAGCGUACAGAAUACACGUUCUUCAUCAUGGGACUGGGAAGUGGUAUGAGAUGCAGGACUUGCAGGUGACUGACAUCCUCCCCCAGAUGAUCACCCUGUCUGAAGCGUACAUCCAGAUCUGGAAGAGACAAGGCAGUGAUGAUGACACAAACAACCACUCGGGGAAGUAAGUGUGCCAGGAUUUUCCUGUGUGACUGGCCAGACGUGUCACUAUUUUGGAAAUGAACUGAGUAUUUAAUCAGUGGAGAAAAAAAACAAACAAACCAUAGAGGCAGACAUCUCUGGAUGCAAAGUCAAUGUAAAUGUCCCAGCUUUUUUCACAGUUUUAUCUUUUUACUUUGUGGAAGUUUCUAAAUAAACAACCUCCAAGAA